UUAGCCGUUAAAGCAACAAAUAGAUCACGAAAAUUCAUUUGGUUUUAGAACUCUAUAAUGCGUAGCUGAAACAGCAACCGCUCUCUCGGUCGGCGACGAACAUCUCAGAACAGAAUGGAUAGAGGCAUCAUCGCCAUGGCUGGUUGGUUAAGUAUGUUUAUUUGUUCACUUCUUGUGAUGAAUGCUAAAGUCUAUGGAGACAAAUUAGUAGACAUUACUUUUCUCAAGAGUGCUAUUCCAAAAGGAGCAGUGUGCUUAGAUGGCAGUCCACCUGCUUACUCUUAUGACGAGGGAUAUGGAAAUGGAUCAAAUAGUUGGAUUGUUUAUUUGCAGUCUGGUGGAUGGUGUAGUUCAAAAAUAGAUUGUUACAAUAGAUCAACUACACCACGUGGGAGUACUUACCCAUUUAUUGGUAAUCAAACCAACUUCUCAGGGUUACUAGAUACAAAUUGCACCUUUAAUCCAGAUUUUUGCAACUGGCACAAAGUUUACAUUUAUUAUUGUGAUGGCUCCUCAUUUAUGUCGGACAUCAAACAUGUCGAUCCAAGGACCAACGUCACUUACCGGGGUGCAAGGAUUUUUAAAGUCAUGAUGGAAGAAUUGCUUUCUAAAGGAAUGAGGAAUGCCCAAAACGCUAUGUUAGUAGGUACGUCGGCAGGCGGAAUGACGACUACUUUACAUUGUGAUAAAUUUCGAAAACUCUUUUUAAAGACUAGUCGAGUGAAAUGUAUUUCAGAUUCUGGUUUUGUCAUUCAUGGAAAGGGUUUCCUUGGAGAUGACUAUAGAGAAAAAUAUUACGCUAAUGUGAUUGCAACACAUGGAUUACGUAAAUCGUUGCCCAAAUCAUGCACCUCAAAAAUGAGCCCACAUUUGUGUCUUUUUCCGGAAUAUUAUGUUGGAGAUAUCAAGACGCCCCUCUUUUUACUUGAAUCAGCCUUUGAUGCUUUUCAGAUUGAAUACAACACACUACCUGCCGUUGGCGGUAGGCUCGGAUGGAGCAAUUGCCUUGGAAAUUUGAGACAUUGCAAUUCUACACAAUUAGGAAUAAUGAGAGAUUUUCGAAACACUUUGAUAGGCGCAUUGUUGAAACUCAAGCACUCGUCGAGUAGAGGGAUGUUUGUUCAUUCUUGCUACCUCCAUGGCCACAUUUUGAUAAUACAAGAGUGGACAUGCUCAUCUCUUCAAGGAAAUAACAUACUCGCAAAUAAGACAAUUGCAGAGGCUAUUAGUGAUUGGUACUUUGAUCGAAGUUGUUUUCGGCAAAUCGAUAUUGAGAAUGACUUGCCACGGAAUUGUAGUAGCCCACUCACUCCCGACUUAUUUGUCCAAAAAUGUCUUGCCACUUUGUCUAAUCAUGGAUUCCCAACAUCCAACUUGUAAUUAUUGAUAUACUCGUAUUAAGUUAUUUCAUGCAC